AUGAGCAGCAGCAGCAGCAGCAGCAGUGAUUCAAAGUGCCGCGACGACGCCGGCGUGUCGAUGGCUUGCGCGUCUGUUCCAGCGGCAAUGUUGGAUGCAGUACUUCUAGCGGCAUGCAUGCAUGCAUGCAUGGACGGAUGUUGCUCGGCUUUUUGCGUGUCAUCAUGCUCAUCAGGGCAGGCGAAGGCGGCGGCGGCGGCGGCGGUGGUGGCGUGGCUGGCAGCUCGCUGGCCAGGAUGCCAGGCAGGGAAAACUGCCGAUGGGGGGAGGUCGUCGUCUGGGCGGAUCGCGAUCUGGGGGCGCGCGGUGGAGCACUGCACAGGCGCGGGCGGGCGGGCAGCCAUUUACGCAAUCCACGGGGCGAUCCCAAAAAGGCAAUUGACAGGAUACUUUGGAAUUAUUCCGAAGGGGCUGGCGGUCGUGGAGGAUGCGCAUAUGGCGAGGAGGGCUACGGGAGAGACGGACGACUGCAAUGGCUGUCAACUUGACAGGGCCAUCGAACUCGGAGGGCAAGGCAGCGAGGCAAGAAAUCGAGGCCAAGACGAGACUCCAAGUUGA